UCAAUAGGGAUUCAUCAUUAACAUUAAAUGGAUCUGCUCAUCGAACAAAAAAUAAAGAGCUUCGAGCCAAUAAAGGCUAAGAAUAUUGACUCAAGAACUAAUAGCUCCAUUGUCGAAUUCAGACCUAACCAUUAAGUAAGAAGCGAUGGGAACGACGGAACGACCUGUGAAUUCAAAAGAUUCUAGUGAAAAUGAAUUCGCAUGAUUCAUGGAUCGGGAUGGCGGAACCAUCCAAAAACCAAUUCAUCUAUUCGGAAAGUUAUGAGCUAAUGAUAGAACUGAAAUAGAAAUUGAAAGAGUAAAUAUUCACCCGCGAACACUUUAUUUUCUUGGAUUGCUAAAUUUGGGCCAAUCCAAUACGAUAAAGAGUAAAACAAAAGAAAGAUUCGUUUUUACAGUCUAAAAUAGAUAAAUAUAAGAAAAAAAUAGUUAUGUUAUUUAAUAUAUUUAGUUAUCUAUACAAACAAGAUAUACAAAUUCAUAAUAGAUUUGAUCUAGAUUAAAUGAAAUCCAUGAUUCAUUAUAUUACUUAUUAAAUACAUGUAUAUUUUCAUUCAAAUUAUAUUGCAUCUGAAUUGAAUUCAAAAUGUUUAAUUUGAAUUCAUUUUAUUCGCGAGGAGCUGGAUGAGAAGAAACUCUCACGUCCAGUUCUGUAGUAGAGAUAAAAUUCAAAAUAAACCAUCAACUAUAACCCCAAAAGAACCAGAUUCCGUAAACAACAUAGAGGAAGAAUUAAGGGAAUAUCUUAUCGAGGUAAUGCUAUUUAUUUUGGUAAAUACGCUCUUCAGGCACUUGAACCUGCUUGGAUCACCUCUAGACAAAUAGAAGCAGGUCGACGAGCAAUGACACAAAAUGCACGUCACAGUGGAAAAAUAUGGGUCCGUAUAUUUCCAGAUAAACCAGUUACAGUAAGACCCGCAGAAACACGUAUAGGUUCAGGUAAAGGCUCUCCCGAAUAUUGGGUAGCUGUUGCUAAACCAGGUCGAAUAGUUUAUGAAAUGGGUGGAGUAACAGAAAAUAUAGCCAGAAGGGCUAUUUCAAUAGCAGCGUCCAAAAUGCCUAUACGAGCUCAAUUCAUCAUUUCGGGAUAAAAAAGAAAUAUGCCUUGGGUAAAAAAAAUAGCGGGUGCGGGUUUCUUUUUUUGGACAAACAAUAUUUCUUUUUUUCUUCGACCUUUGUAUUGUAAAAAACAGAUAAAAAAGGAUAUGAUUCAACCUCAGACCCAUUUAAAUGUAGCAGAUAACAGCGGGGCUCGAGAAUUGAUGUGUAUUCGAAUCAUAGGAGCUAGCAAUCGCCGUUAUGCUCAUAUUGGUGACAUUAUUGUUGCUGUGAUCAAAGACGCAGUUCCAAACAUGCCUCUAGAAAGAUCAGAAGUGGUUAGAGCUGUAAUUGUCCGUACUUGUAAAGAACUUAAACGUGACAACGGUAUGAUAAUACGAUAUGAUGACAAUGCUGCAAUUGUGAUUGAUCAAGAAGGAAAUCCAAAAGGAACGCGAGUUUUUGGUGCGAUUGCCCAAGAAUUGAGACAGUUCAAUUUUACUAAAAUAGUUUCAUUAGUCCCUGAGCUAUUAUAG